AUGACAUGGCCGAGCUUCGAAGGGGCGAUUAGUGACAUCUUUUCCUUCGAUAACCUCGACCCUCGUUACACCACCACCCACGCUUCCCCCCUCCUACCAUCCAUUGCAAUUCAUCGACUGUAUUAUACAAAACCCUCACAACAAUACACACACGCCUUUUCGCCAUGUUCAGAAGAGUCGCAGCAGCCGUUCCAGCCCAGGCCGGCCGAGUGCUCGCAACCGCCGCCAGACCGAGCAUCACCUCGCCCAUCCGCACAGCAGCCCCCGCGCUAUCUGCAGCCGGCAGACGGCAGUACCACGAGAAAGAUAAGUCGCUCUUCUGCGCAACGUCAGUCUCGACAAAGGUGUGGCAGGACCUGCUCCGAAGCCGCAUACCUUACACAUGACUGUCGCAUUUCUCUUCCGAACGACCGGCUAACAUCCGCAGCACUGCUCGAUCACUACAGCCGUCCCCGAAAUGUCGGAUCCAUGUCCAAGACUGACACUGACGUUGGUACUGGUCUCGUUGGCGCGCCCGCAUGUGGCGACGUCAUGAAGCUGCAGAUCCGCGUCGACCCCAACAACAACACCAUCAGCGACGUCAAGUUCAAGACCUUUGGCUGCGGUAGCGCGAUCGCAAGUUCGAGUUACCUGACCGAGUUGGUGCGCGGUAUGACGUUGGAGGAUGCGUCGAGGAUCAAGAACACCGAGAUUGCGAAGGAGCUGUGCCUGCCGCCUGUCAAGUUGCACUGCUCCAUGCUUGCGGAAGACGCCAUCAAGUCCGCCAUCUCCAACUACUACACAAAAAACCCCAACGCUCGCGCGACAGACCUCGGUGGCAAGUCGGCACCGCUGCCCAAGGUCGAGGUUGAGACGGUUUCCGCUGCAUAG